CAAGUUGUUGAACCCCGACUCAAAUCCCUAUUCUCAAGUCCAUUGAGUCCAAAAGCCUCCGAGGACCGUCGUGUCGUCUGAAUCGCAAUACUCAUAGCUGCUCACUGAGCUGAACUACCCGUCCACUCUCUCCAUCGCUGCCUCCCAGAGUGCGAGAGUGACAAAGACUCUUCCUUUUCUUCCUUUUAUUUAUUAUUAUUAUUUUUUUGGUGGUAUUGUCCAGGUUCUCUGUAUAGCCCUUCUUUUUCUUCGCCCUUCAGAUUCUCUAGCUGCACAUAUCCCCGGCUCGAUUCUUCCUAAGCCCUUGUUCCGAGUGAAACCCCUUCUCUCUCCCUCCCUCUCUCUCUAACUCCCUUUUUUCCCCUUUAUGAUUUUCGAGAUUUCUGUGUCUUCCUCACUGUUCAUCUCCAAUGGAUUCGCCACUUUCUGGGGUAAAGGGAGCAAAAGUGCUUAUGGUUGGAGCUGGUGGAAUUGGUUGCGAGCUGCUGAAAACUCUCGCUCUGUCGGGUUUUCAGGACAUACAUAUUAUUGACAUGGACACUAUAGAAGUCAGUAACCUGAACAGACAAUUUUUAUUUCGACGAUCCCAUGUUGGCCAAUCCAAGUCGAAAGUUGCUAGGGACGCUGUCUUAAAAUUUAGGCCUCACAUAAGCAUUAAAUCAUACCAUGCAAAUGUCAAAGAUCCUGAGUUCAAUGUGGAGUUCUUUAAGCAAUUUAAUGUCGUUCUGAAUGGACUUGACAAUCUAGAUGCGCGAAGGCAUGUGAAUCGCUUAUGCCUGGCAGCUAAUGUUCCACUGGUUGAGAGUGGAACGACUGGGUUCCUUGGACAGGUCACUGUACAUGUCAAGGGAAGAACAGAGUGCUAUGAGUGUCAACCUAAACCAGCUCCCAAGACAUUUCCUGUUUGUACUAUCACAAGCACUCCCUCAAAGUUCGUUCACUGUAUUGUUUGGGCCAAAGACCUGCUUUUUGCUAAGUUGUUUGGAGACAAGAAUCAGGAAAAUGAUUUAAACAUACGUUCUAGUGAUGGUGCCAGCUCAUCAGAAAACGUGGUUGAUGUAUUUGAACGUAGGGAAGGUGAGGGCAUUGAUGAGUAUGGAAGGAGAAUAUUUGAUCAUGUAUUUGGUUACAACAUUGAGUUAGCUUUGUCUAAUGAAGAGACAUGGAAAAAUCGCAAUAAGCCAAAGCCUAUUUAUAGUAAGGAUAUUCUGUCUGAUGAAAUGGCUCAGCAGAAUGGAAACGUGGACAGAGAUUCUGCGACUGAUGAUGGGUCUUCAGUGUCUGCCAUGGUAUCUUUGGGUUUGAAGAAUCCUCAGGAUAUUUGGAGUCUUUCUGAGAAUUCUAGAAUAUUUUUUGAAACAUUGAGGCUAUUUUUCAUGAAGAGGGGAAAGGAGAUUGGCAACCUGAGCUUUGAUAAAGAUGAUCAGCUUGCAGUUGAAUUUGUUACUGCAGCUGCUAACAUACGCGCUGCUUCAUUUGGCAUCCCACUACAUAGCCUUUUUGAAGCUAAAGGUAUUGCUGGUAACAUUGUGCAUGCCGUUGCGACAACCAAUGCAAUUAUUGCUGGUCUAAUUGUCAUUGAAGCAGUUAAGGUGCUGAAAAAUGACAUAAAAAGUUAUAGAAUGACGUAUUGCCUAGAACACCCAUCAAGAAAGAUGCUGCUUAUGCCAGUGGAACCAUUUGAACCUAACAAGUCUUGUUAUGUUUGUUCUGAGACACCUCUACUGCUUGAGAUAAACACACAUCGUUCAAAGUUGAAGGACUUUGUGGAAAAGAUUGUCAAGGCAAAGCUUGGGAUGAACUUGCCGAUUAUUAUGCAAGGUUCAAACCUCCUUUUUGAGACUGGUGAUGAUCUUGAUGAAGACAUGAUCGCAAAUUAUGAAGCCAAUCUUGAAAAGGUGCUAGCUGAGCUUCCUUCUCCUGUAACAAGUGGUACGAUGCUUUCGGUGGAGGAUCUUCAACAGGAAUUGUCUUGCAAUAUCAACAUCAAGCAUAGGGAAGAGUUCGACGAAGAGAAAGAGCCUGACGGAAUGCUUCUUUCAGGAUGGACUCAACCUGUGUCAGUACCAGAAAAGGCAAAGGAAGACAAGUUAAUCUACCAUGGCUCAAGAAUGUUGGAUAUAACAGUAGAAGCCACAGAAGCUGGAAAGGAUGAGACUGGUGUAGCAGUUGUGGCGAAGAAACAAAGAAUCUCUGAAACGUCGGAGGUUGGUGCAAAUGCUGGUGAUGAAACCAAUCACAAGAACUAUCAAGUAAUUGAUGAUGAAGACGAUCUUGUCAUGCUUGAUGGGAAUUCUGACAGCAACAAAAGAAAAAGAUUGCAGUAGGCACGUGUGAAGUAAAAUGUGGAUGAUUUUUGCCAUCCUAAUUUUGUAUCUGUAGGGAGAUUUGGUGAUUUUUCUUUUGGCCAUUGUUAUUAACAGGUCUGGAAGCCGCCAUUAUUUAGUCUUGAGAUAGUUAACGUUUGUUCUCCAGGAUUCUUCACAGAUUGUAGCGGCCAUGUAUACUCUCUUGACUUAGAUAACUGACAUCAUAUUGACUUUCUCACAUCUAGAUCAGUGAAAAAGGUUCUGCAGUUUGGCAUCCUAUUCAACAUUGUCGUCAUGUACUGCAAAUUUAGCUUUUGGGAAUGAAAACUGUGUUUGGCA